CUGACUUCCAACCACACUUGAUGAAGUUUACCCGUAUCCAAGGUAUAAGACGCUGAAAUAAUGAGCCAUAGCCUGCGGCAGUCUGUUACUCGUUCUGGGCUUCGUCGUGAACGCUGGAUUCACCAUCGCUGCUUGUACUCCGACGCCAUGUCCUCUUCUCGCCCAGUAGUACCACGACCCUCUGCUAGUCUAGUCAUUAUCAAUAACCGAAAUGAAGUGUUGCUGGUGCAACGGAACCCCAAGGCCAGUACGUUUGGAGGCGUACAUGUCUUCCCCGGGGGAAACUACGACCAGAAGCAGGACACGUCAUUACCCGUGACAGCGAUCCGGGAAACCUUUGAAGAAUCUGGUCUGCUGGUGGGUGUCACAGGGUCGUCCCUUCCGACGAGCCCCAUCCUCGAAGCAGCACGCCACGCGAUUCAUUCCCAGAAACUCCUCUUCCAAACAUUCCUCGACAAGAACCAACUCUCGGUGCGCACAGACUCCGACGUACUACUUCCCUUCACAGAAUGGGUUACACCUGUGGAUGCUCCUCGACGUUUCCAUGCCCGCUUUUACAUCGCGUUUCUAGACUCGGCUGCUUUAUCGUCUUCUGUUUUCUCCUCCGGGCACAAGCAGGAGCAGCUCCCGAAGCCAGAUGGGGGACAAGAAGUCAUUUCGGCACGAUUCAUACAUCCCGAAGACGCACUAGCAGAGUUCAAUGAGGGAAAGAUCAUUUUCAUGCCCCCGCAGUUCUAUAUCUUGUAUACUCUGGCAAGUAUACUGCGGGGAAACAGGAAUUUGCCUGAACAGAGGGAUAGAAUCAUGCAGCUUUCGCGGGGACUGUUUGGCAGAAUGGUUAUGAAUCCUAGGAGACUUGAGGGAUCUUUUACGCCUGGUGGGUCAGAUGGAAUACUGACAUAUGAGGGAGACGAGACGCGUGGGGGGUCAAAGGGACGUCUACAUCGUGCGCUCUGUCAAUUCGUGAGGGGAGGCUUGACUACUCGGAUAGUCCUUCAACGGAAUUUUGAUAUCUUCACCGAGAUUGAAGGUGACGCAUUUGAACAAUCAUCCAAACUGUAAUGUAACAUAUGUAAUGUAUACCGAUACUUUAAGUUUUAAUCAUAUCUAGAAUUUAUUAGUCAC